AUGAAUGAAUGAGGCUGCUUUCGCCAGUUCGCCGCCUACAUUAGAAAAGGCCUCUCCUUUCUUUACGGGACAUCAUUUGUUUCAGACACCAAUUUUGUUUUUCAUCAAAGCAAAUCACUUCGCAUCUUAGAUCUCUCCAUUUUUGUAAGAUCAACCGAUAUCCUAAAUUCCCUUUUCUUAUUUGUUCAUAUAUUGAUAACUUUAUUUGAUCGAUUGUCCUUUUUUUUUUUUGAUUAUUAAAGCCACAAAGAUUUUGAUGUUCUUUUGUUUAGUUUUGCCGUUUCCUCCCAUCUUUUGUUGUAAUGAAUACGAUUAUAUUCCUUGGUAAUUCCACCAUGAAACCCUCUUUUAGAUUCCUCAUAUGUCGUCGAAACCAUGCCUUUCUGGGUUUCUCAUCUUCAAAAUGCCACCCCGACCAACAUGGCUUACGUGACGGAGUAUUUAAAUCUGGAUUCCAUUUUGACACAAGAAGGGAUUUUUCCUCAAACCCUUCGCGAAUUUCGGGCUUUCAACGCGUAAUCCACAAUACCCAGAAGUGUUUUUGCAAACCAAAUUCAAGUUUUGGCCUGUGGAGAGUUGUUUCAAGGCCCUUUGAUAAUAAUACGAUCAAUAGGGGUAUUCCUGUCGUUGUGAGUGCUGUGUCCAAGGUUCGUGAUUAUUCAACUUCUGUUGAGACGAGGGUGAAUGAGAACAACUUUGAGAGAAUCUACGUGCAUAAUGGGAUUGGUGUUAAGCAACUCGUGGUUGAGAGGAUUGAUAAAGAUGAAAAUGUUGUGGGAGAGGAGUCCAGGAUAGAAGUUGGUACUGGUGGAGAAAAGCUGAAUGGAGAGAGUUUAGAGGGUGUGAAAGCCGAGAUCGGUAGUCUUAAGAGGGAGGAGACUGAACUUGAGAAGGAGGGUUGGAGAUUGUUGAAUGAUGCAGUUGUUAGGUAUUGUGGGAGUCCUGUGGGAACGAUGGCUGCAAAUGAUCCCGCGGAUAAGCAGCCAUUGAAUUAUGAUCAGGUCUUUAUUCGUGAUUUUGUGCCUUCAGCCCUUGCAUUCUUGCUUAGGGGAGAAGGAGAGAUUGUGAGGAAUUUCCUACUCCAUACACUGCAAUUGCAGAGUUGGGAGAAAACAGUGGACUGCUAUAGUCCAGGGCAGGGAUUGAUGCCUGCAAGUUUUAAAGUGAGACAUGUGCCGCUUGAUAACGAUAAAUUUGAAGAAGUACUUGAUCCUGAUUUUGGAGAAUCAGCUAUUGGCCGUGUUGCACCUGUAGAUUCUGGGCUGUGGUGGAUUAUUCUUUUAAGGGCAUAUGGAAAGAUCACCGGUGACUAUGGAUUACAGGAAAGGGUUGACGUUCAGACAGGCAUUAAACUGAUACUAAACUUGUGCUUAACUGAUGGUUUUGAUAUGUUCCCUUCUCUGCUAGUCACUGAUGGCUCUUGCAUGAUAGACCGGCGAAUGGGUAUUCAUGGUCACCCCUUGGAGAUCCAAGCAUUGUUUUACUCAGCAUUACGGUGCUCCCGUGAGAUGCUUGCCGUAAAUGAUGGUUCUAAAAAUUUGGUGGCGGCUAUAAAUAAUAGACUUAGUGCACUGUCAUUCCACAUUCGUGAAUAUUAUUGGGUGGACAUGAAAAAGAUCAAUGAGAUUUACCGGUAUAAAACAGAAGAGUAUUCCAUGGAUGCCACAAACAAAUUUAAUAUUUACCCUGAACAGAUUCCUGCAUGGCUUAUGGAUUGGAUUCCAGAAGAAGGUGGCUACAUGAUUGGCAAUCUUCAGCCAGCAAAUAUGGAUUUUAGGUUCUUCACACUUGGAAAUCUUUGGUCUGUUGUUUCAUCUCUGGGUACACCGAAACAAAAUACUGCUAUUUUAAAUCUGAUUGAUGCCAAAUGGGAUGAACUUGUGGGACACAUGCCUCUUAAGAUAUGUUACCCUGCUUUAGAGUAUGAAGAGUGGCGUAUCAUCACAGGCAGUGACCCAAAGAAUACGCCCUGGUCAUAUCACAAUGGAGGAUCAUGGCCAACACUUCUGUGGCAGUUCACACUGGCAUGUAUUAAGCUGGGUAGAUUGGAACUAGCCGAAAAGGCAGUUGCUUUAGCAGAGAAGAGGCUAUCUGCUGACCGCUGGCCUGAGUAUUAUGACACCCGAAGUGGGAGGUUCAUUGGGAAGCAAUCUCGUUUGUUCCAAACAUGGACCAUUGCUGGAUUCCUGACAUCCAGAUUGCUGUUGGAGAAUCCAGAGAAGGCAGCCUUGUUAUUCUGGGAGGAGGAUUAUGACCUUCUUGAGAUAUGUGUUUGUGCACUUAGCAAGAGUGGCCGGAAGAAAUGUUCCCGUGUUGCUGCUAAGUCUCAGAUUCUUGUUUGAAGACUCGCCGCUCUUUAGAAGACCAAAAUGCCUCUCUACUGUACAGCUUCAAGUUUAGGGUAGGUAAAUAAAGAGUUUGAUACCUCAGAAAAUGUAACACACAACAUUCUUUCUCAUAACUGUAAAAUAAACAUAGGCUGCUCUUCCGAUUAACAAGAGUUAAUCGUUUAGUAUUGAUCGGUCUUAAUGCUUUUACUAAGGCUACACUCCCGGUUACCUAUAUGUACCUUAAUUGGGGUUUGGCCCUAAUUCAUUUUUUUGUUGUUGUAUUGGGCAGAGAUUGUGAUGCCAUAUGAUUAAAUCAGGAUAUUUUUAUUUAUAUGUAUGUUUUUGGCUGAAUGAAAGAACAUACAUCUUUUUGGAUCCUC